CUCUCAAGGGAGCCACUGGCACCUAAACCCCAGUGGGGAAAGAGGCCCAGCCAGUAUUUCUGCCCCAUUUCCUCCUUCCUUCCCCCACCCCAACCGUGGAUACAGGCCCCACCCCACUGACACUAAGGGAAAGGAGGGGGGGUCUUCCGCAGAGGGGCAGCGCUGAGGAUGAGUCCAUCCCUUCCUCCCAGGAGGAGGGAAAAGGGGGACAAAUGGGGCUCCCACUGGCACAGGAACCAGGAGUAGCUUGUUGCCUGCCUGCCUUUCCUUCUCUCCUUGUAAAUUGUCUGGGUGCCCCACCUUGGGCACAAGAAGGGGAAUCGUGGCCCCUAGCUUCCCUCGCGAUAAAUGAGCAAGGCAGAUGCCCCCUUUACAGGCGGUCUCUUUGCUCUGCCCCCAAGGGAAUGGUGAGGAGGGUCUCCGCUUCCCCUCUCCAGGGUCAAAGAGCCAAGUUAGACCAGCUGGCAGCAAGACGAUGGAGCUUCUCCGCCCCAACCUGAGGGCAGAUGCCGCCUGAGUCCACCUCGGGCCGGCUCCUUGUCCUCCCUCAUCUUGGUCCUGCCUCAGGAAGCUGACUGCUGGGAUCUGCUCUCUGCGUUUGGCCAGCAGUGGGUUCGAGACGUGGCUUGCUUUCUCUCCAAUGUGAACAAGAGCAGCAACUAGUUCUCUGGGGAGCAGGCCGCAGCCCCUAGGAUUCUGGCCCCUGGCAUAGACCCAGGGGCAUUGGAAAUUAGGGGCAAGUGAGGGAACGGAGUUGAGCUGUGAACGAAAGCUAGGACUGGCUCAGAGGUUGGACCUGAAAGUUGGGGUUAAUGAAUAGCCCAUGGAAAAGUCCUAGGAAAGCGGAAAGGGUUUUGGAGGGUUGUACUUCGGCAGUCACCGUCUUCAGGAAAGUCUUUGGAUUCCAAGGUCAUAUUUUCCCCGCUUUCCGACAGUAUUGGCCUCGCAGCGACCCAUACCACCGCACUCCGCUGAUUUUUCUCCUAUCUCAGCCGCCUGAAGGUUGAGGGAGGGGUGACUCAAAGGGAGGGUUAAAUGCCCAAGAUGAUCCUGCAGGUGAUCUACUGAUAGAAACUAUUCUGGGAACCCGGAGGCUGCCCACACUUCAGCGCCGAGCUGGGAAACCCGAGCUUCUCCCUCUAGAGAAUAGGAGAAUAAGUAAAGGCCCCUGCCUAACCCAGUCUCAGCAGCUCAACCUCCUGGCACUUGAGGGUCGGAUGGAGGGGAGCCAAAAAAGUCCGGGGUGCAGAUGGUGAAAUCAGGCAGCCGCUCUGGCUUGGAGCUCUAAGCCAGCCAGCUUUCAGGGUUUUUGCUCUGCGCCCGCCAGGGACAAGUUGCAGCGGAGAGGUGGCCAAGCCUUUCCCGAGCCUGCCGGCGAAUCAGUAAGAAGCAGCUCCGGAACUGAAUGAAGUCCCUGGUUGCAGCUGACCUCUGACCUUGGGUAGUCUUGCGCUGGCUAGGUCGAUCCCACUACUUGCAGCUUCCGAGAUUCCUCCAAAUAAAAAUGGUUCUUUUUGCACCUACCCACCGCCCCACCUUCUUGGCUCGCCUCCGGCGCUAUCAAUCACUGGGGCUCCCUAGCACCCUUUCCUCUUCUCAAGGUGGGAGCAGAAAGGAAGACUCCAAAAAGUCUCCAGGAUGUGCUAUGGCCUGGAAAUUCGGAGGCUGCGGCUGACGUGGGGAGCAAGCAUUUGGGGAAAAACGAAACUGAGUUCCUAUAUUCCGGGGUUGUUUGAGUCCUCAGGUCCCUGGGCCCAGGGAUUCCUCCCAAAUCCUCUCAACUACCCUUCAGCAAGAUGACUGGCUUGUUUGCUAAAUGGCGUCAGAGUUUGAACCAAAGGAGAUGUUUUACCCUGGUUCGCUGUGUAGGCUGGGUAAUGGAAAUGCUACAGAGAGUCUCCUAAAGUCCCUGUUGCCUGUUCUAGUUCGACCUCUGCAACAUUUGUUUGCAUGUCUGUGGGUCUGUAGUGCACAAAAGGCUGAUGGGGCCUGGGGCAAAAGUGAUCCAGUCCUCUUAGAAAUUGGGUUGAGGUAGCCUUGCCGGUGGAUAGAAAUCUCUAAGGAAUAUUACACCCAUUUCCCCCAGAAGCAAAAAAAGUUAAUUCUAUUAUUGCCAACCAACCAGGACUUCUCCAUGCCAGACAUCCUGCCAUGAGGAAAUUUCAGAGCGAGGACGCCCAGCAUGCUGCCCUUCUGUAGGAAUGCAAAGUUAGGCCUCCUUUCUUUCCUGAUUCGUGCUGGAAGGAGCUUAUUACCUUUGGGGAAGAAUGCCUUUUGGUUAGAAAGAAUUGAAAAUAAUAAUACCCUCUGGGAAAAGGCUCAAACUCAGAAAAUGAGAUACAAGACAUCCUUGGUGAUGAGGAAACGAUUACGGCUUUACCGAAACACUCUGAAAGAGUCAAGUAGCAGCUCUGGACACCAUGACCCCCAGCUCACCGCCGCCUCCAGCCCCUCGGUGUUCCCGGGCCUCCACGAGGAGCCUCCCCAGGCCUCCCCCAGCCGUUCUUUGAAUGGACUCCUUCGUCUGGGGCUCCCUGGAGACAUGUACGCUCGGCCAGAGCCCUUCCCGCCGGGGCCUGCGGCCCGCAGCGACGCCCUGGCAGCUGCCGCAGCCCUGCAUGGCUACGGGGGCAUGAACCUGACGGUGAACCUCGCCGCGCCCCACGGUCCUGGCGCUUUCUUCCGCUACAUGCGCCAGCCCAUCAAACAGGAGCUCAUCUGCAAGUGGCUGGCGGCCGACGGCACCGCGCCCCCGCGCCUCUGCUCCAAAACUUUCAGCACCAUGCACGAGCUGGUUACGCACGUCACCGUGGAGCACGUCGGCGGCCCGGAACAGGCCAACCACAUUUGCUUCUGGGAGGAGUGUCCGCGCCAGGGCAAGCCCUUCAAAGCCAAAUACAAACUUGUAAAUCACAUCCGCGUGCACACGGGCGAGAAGCCCUUCCCUUGUCCUUUCCCGGGGUGUGGGAAGGUCUUUGCUAGAUCAGAAAAUCUCAAAAUACACAAACGAACUCACACAGGCGAGAAGCCCUUCAGGUGCGAGUUCGAGGGCUGCGAGCGGCGCUUCGCCAACAGCAGCGACCGCAAGAAGCAUUCGCACGUGCACACUAGCGACAAGCCAUACACGUGCAAGGUGCGCGGCUGCGACAAGUGCUACACGCACCCCAGCUCGCUGCGUAAGCACAUGAAGGUGCACGGGCGCUCACCGCCGCCCAGCUCUGGCUACGAUUCGGCUACACCGUCUGCCCUCGUGUCGCCCUCGUCAGACUGCGACCACGAGUCUCAGGUGGCCUCCUCGGCGGCGGUGGCGGCGCGUGGCGCCGACUUGAGCGAAUGAAAUGCAGAUCAAGAGAAAGGGGCAAAGGGAAUUCCAGAGCCGUUUUCUUGACUCCAGUUUCUUUCCUCUUUGCCUUCCUAUGGUUUCCCCUGGCCCAGCUAUCCUUUGAAACAAAAAAAACAUAAGUACUAAUUUUCCAACCACCUUAUAAAGGAGAUAAGAGAGAUUCACCGUCUUUUUGGCAGGGGUGGGUGGGUGGUGGUUAUACGCUCCCAGCCCCAAGGAGUGGCCUGGGCACACAGAGAAACAUCUGCCUGUCGUCCACUGAUUCGAUAUACAUUGUAUACUUGGGGUAGGGAGUGAAUUCAAAACAACAGGAAAUACAGACAAAGGAACGCCAGAGAGGCUUCAGGAUUCAAUGCAGUGAGGCCUCCCCGGGUCCUUUUCCCACCCCAACCCCUGUCGAGGCGUUGGCUGUGGAGUCUCGUAGGUGCUUGGGCUCCGGGUGUAGAGCGAGCCGAUGACGUCACUGAGUCGAGGCUUCUAAAGUGGAAGGACCUGACCUAGGCGGCAGCGUCUGGGUGAAUCGCGUCAAUUCGGUGAUGGUCUUUGUCAACAAUUGCACAAUGUUGACCUUAUUUUUAAAGAGGUGGAGGAGGAACAAGAGAAAUGAUCCACAAUAAUAAAUAUUGUAAAGGCAAACACCCAGUGGGUCUAGAUUGAAUGUGUAUUUGAUAUGCUGUGUAUGAAGUCCCCAGAAAAAACAACCAGAUGUUGAAGACGGGGGAGAGGAAGGCCUUUGCAAUUGUUGCCAAAGGGAAAAAAAUCAGUCCUGUUUUCCCUCCUCUCUGCGGGAGAAGGGGGCUGACCUAAAAUCCUAGCUAAGAUUUGAAGAGGAAGAAGAAGAAAAGGAAAAUAAAAUAAUAAAGCUUUGGCAGAUUCAUUCCAGUCCCCUAAGAAUUUGAAAAUCAGUAUGUGUGUGUGCUGGGCAGGGAGGUGGGUUUUCCCUCUGGGGAGUACCCCACAAAAUAGCUCAAUUUUAAAAGCUGAGCCCAACAAACAAGUCUUGGCCCUGCCACUGAUGAAUUUUCUUCUGCUCUCUCCUCUUCAGAUACAAUUAGAAUUAGCACUCCUGCCCGCAGCCGCCACAACUUUUAUCAGAUGAAAUAACGUCCUAACUGAAGUGGAACUGUUUUCUUGGCUCCAAAUAAAAAAUGCAAUCUUCCAAAUACACCCUUAGUGAAUCCGUCAUUGAGAAAGGAGAACUGAAAUUCCUGCCUCCCCCUAACACAAUAGGGCCCAGAGGCUGCCUGACCCAGCGCAGGCAGUCGGCAACAAACAACUCUUUCCCACCGUGAAACACCGACCCCACCACUAAGGUGCAGAGGGCAUCUGCGGAACUUGCUGCUUCUGCCAGUGUUUAAAAAGUCCCCCUUCCUGAAGUAGGACUCCUGUCUUUCUCUUCUGUUUCUAGGCUCCCCAUUUUGCCUUCUAUCCCCAUCUAAAAUAAUGAAAUAAAACAAAAAUGUUUGGUCAGUCACUAAUCGCCUUUAAUUUUUCAUUUGCUUGUUACAGAUGUCCACCGCGUUGCUCGCAAGGUAAUCUCGCUCCGUGCAGCUGAGCGCCCCGCAUCUCGCGCCUGCGACAUCAAAGGGUCCGCGCACAAAGCAGUGUUUCUUCGCCACGGUGCAUCUUCAUGGUAAGUUAGGAUUUCUAUGGCAAUGGGCAAGUCGCACUGAAAUCCUGAAAGGCCGAGCCUGGAGUCCGUCCAGGCUUUUCAUUAAGGACAUAAUAUUUACGUCUAACAGACCUUUUUUCUUGUGUAUACAAGUAUAUAUUUUUGUUUGACGCGGACUAAAUCAUUUUCAUUUAAUUUCCGGUAAACAAAACCCACGCGAAUGGGCACUUGUACCCGAUCAUAAUAAAAAUGGAUAAUAAUGUGAAGGAAGAAAAGAGCCGCUUGAAUCGCCGCUCAGCCCUCUUUGUUUCUGCUUUCUGCGGUGAUCAGAGGACGCAUUUGGGUUUGAUGGCGAGUUUCUAAAGGCGAGGAAAUGGUUUGUAAGAGGGGAAAGAAAAGGAGAAAGGUCUAAUCAAGCUCGGGUUGUUCAAAGAGUCGGGUUUUGGGGUUGAAAGUGUGAGUUUGACGGUGCAUCAGCAUGCCGCGUUAGGCUCGCCAUGGAAAUACGCGCGGGGAGCGGUCGCUUCAAAGGCGGCACACUUCACUACAGACACUCUAUUAAGAUACAUUUGCGCUGACCUUUGCUUUCACGCCAUUUAAUACUGUCACUGCGCUCUCCAGUAUAUACUUCCUUCCUAGAGCCCGACUUGCCCACAUUUAGGGGUUCACCCUGCGCCCUGAUGUGGGAGGCUUUGGUGCAGGGGACACUUUCAGGAAAGGGAGGAGCAGGACUCCGUGCAUCUUGACUGCGCCCCAAAGAGUUUCAAGGGUCAGGAGUAAAUAAUUUUAAAGCAGCCUCAGAAGCUUAACAAAUGAACAUUCCCAGCUCAGUUUUGUACAAAUCGCCUUUCUGACUCCUGAGUAGGGUGGAGGCUUAAAUUUGAUGGAGACUUGUGGGGAAGGGAGUCACCCUGAGGUGUCUGAGGAGUCCAAAUUGUACCCUUGGGACAUUUCCACUCUGACUUUCCAUGCCACUCUUCUUCCUCUCCAUCCCAGAAGUCUCUUGCGCCCCCCCCCCAACUUGUUUCUUUCUAAGGCAGUGUGUGUGGCACCCUCAGGCCUGAACUUGUCCUAGAUGCAAACUCAAGAGCCCAAGGCCAAGGGGAUGUGGGGAAGAUGGCAGGAAAGUUAGAAGUCCAUGUUCCCUUAAUUGUCUUGUUGUUUAUUUUAUCCAAGUACCCCAGUGAAUAGGGGAAAAAUAAACACGGUGAAAAAAAAUCAAACAGUAGAGUCUUCUUUAGUGCCAGUCCUUGUGGUUGAAUAAAAAGGAUGGUCCGCUUUCUAUUGAGCUGAGAAAUCUUUGAAGUGGGAGUUAUUAUCUGAGACAUUCCUGCUUGUCGUCCUAACAACGCUGAUGAAACGUAAAAGGUUCUUUGUCAGCGAUUUGUUCUCCUCUCUGUCAAACUCCCUCUGCCCCGUUAGUUUCAAACCGUUUCUAAAGAGAUAAAAAUCAAACUUCUUAAAAAAAAAAAAAAUCCACACACUGCACCAAUACAUAACUUUAGGGCUAAGUCUUGCUAAGGGAUAAACAAAAGCAAUGCCUAGACAUCAGGGUCAGGGCCUGGCCUGGUGAAGUAUGCAGAUGUUGGAGGGCCCUUGGCACAAGCUUUGGGACUUAAGGAAAAGAAUGCAGAGAAGGUGCAAGCAGAAUACAAACCCUAAGUCCAUAAUUGAGUGUGUGCUUCUUUCUGCUCUGGCUUUCACUCAGCACAAGUUGGGUCACCUGGAUGGGUUUUUGGGUACCCCUCUGGCUUCUAAUAUUCUUGCCCAGGAUCUUUGGAACUUAAGACUGCAGCCAAGCAAUUGUUAGUAUCUCCCGCUCCCUCAGAGACACCUCUGCUAAAAAUAUACCCAUUGUAUGUUUCUUCUCACUGGCAGCAAUCAGAAAGCCCUUUCUGCCAUUGAUAAGAAGGAGAAUAGGUGAGGGACAGAGACGUUUUAUUAAUUUCCUGUUUCCUUCAUAAUCUUGGCAAUUGAAGUUUAGAAGGUUUGGUCUACAACAUAGUGAUCCAAAAUGCAUGUAAAUGCCCAUCCUUCCCCUCAUCCACAUGUGCAGUUCUUCAUUUUAUAUUGUGCCCAGGAAAGAAACCAGUUCAGGUUUCCCCAAACCUCCUGUUGUGGUUUUAAAGGUGAUUUAAAUAAAUAAGGAUGUGCUGGUCCCCCCACACUGUGUGUGCUGAAUAAAUGAUUUGUAAAGAAGUUUUUCCAAGCUGUAACCCACGCUGUUAUUAUAGUUGCUGCAAAAUGUUGUUUCUGAUAUUGAUUUUAUUUGUUAACUGGAGGUCUCCAUAUGUUUGUUUAUAUUGCUAAUUUAUGGGAAAAUGUAAUAAUUGCAAUGAAUGUGAAUUACACAGACAGGCAAACAUUUUGUAAUCAUAAUUCACAUACACACAAAAGCCUGGCUGAAACCUUAGACUGUUUGUACCCUCUCUACCCACACUGUUUGUGAUUUAUCAUCUGUCUCCUUAGUGUCACUUAAAUUAUAAACUAACUUGAAAAUAAAAAGUUGUUUGACUGAAAGUGAUUGUUGAAUGAACAACAAAGUUGAAAGCCAUGGCUUGAUCUUGUAAAUAUGUAAAUGUAAAUGAUGUUAAAUCUGUGAUUUCUUUUUCUUCCAAAGGCCUUUGUGUAUAUGGAGCUCCAUUUGGCUAUUUUCUUUGGAAAUAAAUGAUGUGACGUUUCCCUUCCUCUUUUGAA